GACGACAACAACGUACAAGGUGCAAACUGCUAAAUGGUUCGAACUACGUACGCUGCAGCAUAGUAAUCUACACGUCGAAACCCAUCGCCUAGUAUAAUUUUUUUCUUAAAAUUUCACUUAUUAUAGAUUUUAAAAUGACGUAUACAGUGCGAUCUGAGUCAAUAAUCUGUAAACUAACACGAACACCAUGCUAAGUGCCACAUUGCACUGUACGCGAUGUUUGCCAUCUCACUCACUCGCGCGCACGGAGCGCAAUGUGCCACAUCGAACUCAGUUCGCCGUAGCUCGGCUAGGCAACGGUUGUGGUGGCGCUUCGACCGUUGCGUAAAAAUAUUACCUUGUUAUUACGUUACUUUCGCCUCAAUUUUAAGUUUUAAGUAAGAUUUUUGUUGGAUGUCAUUCUGUCUACCAAUUUAUCGCAAAUAUAAGUUUGUUUAUAAUGACGGAGAAACGUGCGAGAUGGUUGGAAUCGUUAAAAUCAGGGGCAAAAAGAUCGGGUCCUGACUGCACCGAAACAGAGAUAAAUAAACCGGCCACAAUAAAUGGAGAGUCACCGCUAAGGAUGGACAAUGCGACAUACGAAGAAUUAUACAGAACACUGUCAACUGCUUUUGAUGAACCCGAAGAUACGCAUUCCCCUAAUACAAGCAAAUCUAGUCAACCUGAGAAUCAAAUCUCCAUCCCAUGUUACGUUGAAGAUUCUGAUUGUUAUGAUGAAGCUGAAAGUGUGUCUAUAAGUAUGAACGAGUUGCAGAGCAGUGAACAUAUAGAGUGCUGUAUUAGUGAGACUGAAAAUAUUGACCCAAACUCUGAAAAUGCAGCCUAUACAUUACACCCAUUGCCAUCCCUGUUAAAAAAUACAGUUUCAGACAGGAAAGACAACCAAAACAUUGAUUGCAUGAAUACUAAUCAUUUUGAAAAUAUUAGAGAUCCUUCGUUGAAUGUCACUGCACCACCAUCAUCGGUUUUAUUUAGUGAAAUUACAUACUCACCCCAGUCACUGAAUGCAUUAUCAUAUAAUAAUAGUCCGUUGCCCCAUGUCUUUCCUGAACUUAACAGUCCAAUCAAUUCCAUAAUUACAAACCCAAUAAGCAGGCCCGGAAGUUGUGUAAACUUUAAUAAGACACCAAUGCCUUCCGAUUCAAGUGACACUGAAACUGAUUAUUUUAGAAAUAAAGUGUUAAAGAGAAAAUUCUCCAUAAAAAAUUUCAUUAAAAGAAAAGAAAAAACGUUAGGCCAUCUCAAACAUAAGCGACUUCGUUUGGAUUCAUCAUCUUUGGAAUCUUUAAACGAGACUGCGUUGAGUGAUGAGUCAACCCAUGUACACGAAAAAAAGUCACGCAAGGGUGUUAAAAAAACUAAUCCUGGAAAAAAAAGAACCAAAAAUGAUAAAGCUUGGAUAGAUAACGUUCGAAAAGUGAGAUGCAAUUUAGGUGAAGCUUACGCGUCAAGGGAUGGCACGUUGAGACAAGCAAAGGUAAUGAAAUCUCCUUGCAAAUGUAAUCUCAAAUGCUAUGAAAAAUGCCCUGAGUUGCUAAGGAAAAAAAUAUUUGCUAAAUACUGGUCUUUAGGGGAACACGUUAUGCAAUGGAAUUUUAUUGCAAAAUAUGUAAAAAAAAUUGAUAAACAGCGGCACACUACUAGUCCCUCCACAUCUUCCAGACGUUCUUUUACGUACCAAUAUACUAUGCCUGUUGGAAGUUCCGUAAUCAAAGUAUGUCAGGUUAUGUUUUUGAACACUUUAGGUAUCAGCAAAAAGAUGGUUUAUACAUCGUUAGAAAAAGACCAAAGCGAAUCAAAAAUCGUAGAUAAUAGAGGCAGGCAUGGCAAACAUAAAACUGUGAUAACUGAUGCAAUGAUUGAGAACGUGAUUCGUCAUGUGAAUUCAUUUAAACCCGUUGAUUCACAUUUGAUCAGAAAAGAUUCUUCGCGAAAAUAUCUUGAUCCUGAUUUAAGUUUCACAAAAAUGUUUCAAUUGUAUAGAGAGUGGUGUGUCGAAAAACAAAUCACUAAGCGUGAUACAGCAAAGUCAGUCAGACAAUACCGGGGUAUAACAAACACUCACAUGAAUAUUGGAUCUUUUAUUCCAAAAAAAGACCAGUGUGAUAUAUGUCACACAUAUAAAAAUCAACGAAAACCAUCUGAGAAGGAAACAUCUGAUUAUGAAAACCAUCUAAAAGAGAAAAGAAUUGCUCGCGACCUCAAAGCCUCAGAGAAGACAGAAUCUAGGAACAAUUCACAUGUUCAAGCUGUGACGUUCGACUUUCAAAAAGUUUUAAGUUGUCCAUUUGGGGAAAUCAGCAUCUUUUAUUAUAAAAGAAAAUUAGCCGUAUACAACUUCACACUUUUUGAAAUGGGUUCAAAAACUGGUAAAUGCUACAUGUGGCAUGAAGCAACUGCUAAACGAGGUUCAAAUGAAGUAGCUAGUUGCCUAUACGAAUACAUUAAUGAACAAGUUCAGAAUAAUAACGUGACUGACUUUAGAUUUUGGUCUGACAAUUGUACAGGCCAAAACCGGAAUCGCAUCGUGUUUUUCAUGUAUUUACACGUAGCCAAAAAGCUUAAGAUCAAAAUCAGUCACAAAUUUAUGGAGGUAGGUCAUACCCAAAAUGAGGGCGACUCUGUUCAUGCUAACAUUGAACGAUCUGCCAAACGAAAACUUAUUUACACUCCCAACGAAUGGUAUACCCUAGUGCGUUGGAGCAAAACAAAUGAGCCGUCAUAUGAAGUAUACGAGUUACAGCAAAAUGAAGUAUAUGAUUUCAAAGCACAUUUGGACACAAAGGAAUGGAGUAAAAACACAGAGAAUGAAAAAAUAUCCUGGACAGAUAUUAAAGAAAUAUUUGUAGAUUACACAUCAGAUGGACAUGACCAUACCGAAGAUAUAAUAUAUUAUAAAAACCGUUUGAGCCAAGAGAGAUACAAGAUUUUGAAUUGUGGUAUCCAAAAUUGUACGCGGGUCACACGGAAUACACAAUCCGCAUCAAUAACAAGUGAAGAGGUGUUAGUUCCAGCUUAUAAUAAACCAUUACCUUUGCCUGCAUUAAAGGUCCGAGAUCUUCAAUAUCUAUGCAAUAAAGGUUUAAUUCCACAAAGACAUCAUAACUUUUUCAACUCAUUUGAUAAAAAAACUGAUAAUUCAUCUGAUUCUGCUGAAGAUUAAUCAAUGUGAUAUAUCGAGGUUCCUAAGUCAGAGCUGUAAUUGACUCUUAACUGUAAGAUUAUUAUUUCGAUUAUUUUUAUCUAUUCUUAAAAGAUAAGUUUAUAUGAUGGGUAUGCCCUUUUGAUUGUUAUAUACUUCUUAAGAAUAUUAUUUUCAUUUUGCUUUGUAGACAGUUUUUUUUUUUAGUUGCGUUUUCGUUUUUGAGACUUUUUAUGUUUUAGUAAAUAUUUGUUUAAGUACAUAAUAAUUUUAGAUAAUUUAGUCAGAAAGACUGAUAAUAUAAUUCAUGUGAUUUUAAAGUGAAUAUUAAUCAAUGUGAUAAAUUAAAGUGCAAAUUAGUAUUAGUCAUGAUCGAAGUUCCUAAGUCAGAGCUUUUCUUAACACUGCUUACAACUGAUUUUUAUUUUUUUUUGUGUAUCUCUUUUGUAAUGAUGAUACCACCGCUUGUAUAAUUAUACUCUCUAGCUUGUUGAAUUAUCUCUUAUCCUUAGAAGAAUAUGAUUAAUUAAUAAACAACACAGUUAUUAUUAGAUUGAAACAUUGUUUUUUUUUUUCAUUUUAAUGUUAUUUAUGCGAUAAUUCUUUGAGUAAAUAGGUACCUACGUAAGUUUGUAAGAAAGACUGUUAACUCAUGUGAUGUAGAAGAUUAAUCAAUGUGAUAUUAACAUAUAAGGUAAAAAAGUAAAAAAAAUAUGUAAAGGUGCCCCUUUUUGCUCUCUGAUUCCGUCAUUAAGACUGAGUUUUAGUAAAACGUUUGUGAAAUACAUAAUUAAGUACAUUUUUUUAAAUAUAUAACACAUAAAUUUUAUGUUUUCUUUUAUUUAGUACUUCCUACACGAUUAUUAAGUUAAAGCUUAUAAAACGAAUACGGUUCUAUC